CCCAGCCCUGUACAAGUUGAGCAGGGACGAGAGAGGCCGGAGCUGAGGCUGUGCAGCCCAGGAGAGGAUGUCUCCCAGUCUUCAGGAAGGGGCUCGGCUGGCGGAAGGCAAACCCUCAUCCUGCUCCUUCUCAAUUGAGAGCAUCUUAGGACUGGACCAAAAGAAAGACGUCCUUCCAACAGUGGAGCCCCACAGGCCUUGGGCGGACACCUGCAGCUCCUUAGGGAAGGAUGCUAACUCACGGUUACAUGUCCCAGAUUUUCCCAAUGGGCUAUCAUUCCCACGCGUGGUGGAUCACCCAAUGCCAGAAGAAAGAGUUUCGAAAUAUGAAAAUUACUUUCCAACCUCAGAGAGAGUCGCUUUGAAAAGAGAGUUGAGUUGGUAUAGAGGCCGAAGACCAAGGACUGCUUUUACUCAAAAUCAGAUUGAAGUGCUGGAAAACGUCUUCAGAGUAAACUGCUACCCUGGUAUUGAUAUCAGAGAGGAUUUGGCUCAAAAGUUGGAUCUUGAAGAAGACAGAAUCCAGAUUUGGUUCCAAAAUCGACGUGCAAAGCUGAAAAGGUCCCACAGAGAAACGCAGUUUCUAAGGGCAAAAAAAAAUUUCGACACGAACGUUUUGGAGCAGAUGGAAAACUAAACCAGCGAAAUUAUCUUCCAAGAACACAUCAUGAAGAACCAAUG